AUGUUCACUUCUGCGCUUCUCGUUGCUUCCGCUCUGGUUUUGGCGCAUGCAGCCGUUGUAGUUCCGCGAGCUGCCUCUAUCACCGACUUCUCCACAAGUCCAGUAGAAUUUACCUAUCCUCCUCCUAGGUCAGGCUACAAUGCCAAUAAUGCCACAGCAUAUCCGUGCGGUGGCGCUGAACUAGGUACAAGGACUAAUUACCCCUUGACUGGCGGUAGAAUCGGUCUAGAUGUCGAUACCCUUGCAGCAAACGUCAAUCUCAUGUACGCAAAUAGCAGUAACCCUACGACGUUCCACCAGUUCAGCACGUUCACUGAUACCAUCUUGGACGUAUCCGACGGCGCUUGGUGUGGAGCCGGCCCAAAUUUCCAAACGGAAGGAUUGACUUCAGGCAACGAUGUUACCCUUCUCGUCAUUUACCAACUUUACGGGAACAAAACUUAUAUGUACCAUUGCGCGGAUAUCAAAAUUGUUGAAGCUAGCGCUUACAUAGCCCCUACCGAUCUGGCUUGCUCAAACUCUUCCGCUGUUUUGAAAACUGCCACCGAUGAUGAGUCCCUUGUUCUCAAGGGAUCCAAUUAUUCUGCUGCUCAAGAGGGAAUAGAUGGACAGACUGUCAGUAUUGAUUUGGCAGCUGCCACUGCUGUACCCUCUUCUUCAGCUUCCGGAUCUGAGUCGAGCGCAGUAGCUGCUUCUUCAGCGGCAUCUUCCGCUGCUGCAAGCGCAUCUUCAACUUCGUCUGCCGGUAUUUCAUCUCAAAUUGGAGGUCUGGGAAUUGUAUCUGCCGCGAUUGGGGGAUGCUACCUUCUCUUAUAA